AUGGAGCAAGCUCAGUCAGAAAUGAACAUCUUAUCCAACGGGAAAAGCCACAACAUUGGAGAUGACGUAGACGUGCCGAUGAAGAUGACGUUUCAAGAUGAUCAAAAUGGGACUCAAACAAUCAGGUACGACAGAUUUGAUGACCCAGAUGGAGGACUGGAGAAUGAAGAAUUUCUGCCCAGUGCAGAUGGAAAGAAACCAGUUCGAUUCACAGAUUUCGAAGGUAAAACCUCCUUUGGUAUGUCCGUCUUUAAUCUGGGUAAUGCCAUUAUGGGAAGUGGAAUCCUCGGACUGGCUUACGCCAUGGCCAACACCGGCAUACUCCUCUUCUUGUUUCUUUUGACCGCAGUGGCUGCAUUAUCAUCUUACUCCAUUCAUCUGAUGCUCAAAUCCUCUGGCAUUGUGGGAAUUCGGGCUUAUGAACAACUGGGCUUCAGGGCCUUUGGCACACCCGGAAAAAUGGCCGCUGGCAUUGCAAUCACUCUGCAGAACAUUGGAGCAAUGUCCAGCUACCUGUACAUUGUGAAAUCAGAGCUACCUCUAGUCAUCCAAGCUUUCUUGAAGGCUGACCCUAACGCAGAUCUUUGGUACUUGAAUGGCAACUACCUGGUAAUCAUGGUAUCUGCUAGUGUCAUCCUGCCCCUGGCCCUGAUGAAACAGCUAGGUUACCUCGGCUAUACCAGCGGAUUUUCGCUCAGCUGCAUGGUGUUCUUCCUUACUGCGGUCAUCUACAAGAAGUUCCAAAUUCCGUGCCCCUUUGUGGAGUUCAACUCACUCAAUGACACUGCAACUGACCACAACCUGAACAUGUCAAACCACGUGGGCGAUCACAUCCUGGCUCACAAAGAGGACGAUGCCAUGUGCACGCCCAGUUUGUUCACCAUCAACUCACAGACGGCCUACACCAUCCCCAUCUUGGCUUUCGCCUUCGUUUGCCACCCGGAGGUCCUCCCAAUUUACACUGAGCUCCGCAACCCCACUAAAAAGAAGAUGCAGAAGGUGUCCAAUAUUUCCAUCUUUGUCAUGUACACUAUGUACUUUCUAGCAGCUCUCUUUGGCUACCUGACCUUCUACGGCAACGUGGAACCAGAACUGCUGCACACUUACAGCCGUAUUGAUCCAUACGACACUUUGAUCCUAUGUGUGCGAGUGGCUGUCCUCACCGCCGUCACACUCACAGUCCCCAUUGUGUUAUUCCCCGUGCGCAGAGCUAUCCAGCAGAUGUUGUUCCCCACCAAGGCCUUCAGCUGGUUGCGUCACAUCGCUAUCGCUCUGAUUCUGCUGACGUUUAUCAACAUGCUGGUCAUUUUUGCUCCCAACAUUCUGGGCAUCUUCGGAAUUAUCGGUGCCACAUCUGCUCCCUGUCUCAUUUUCAUCUUUCCUGCCGUCUUCUACAUCCGCAUUGUUCCCAAAGAAAGCGAACCGAUGAACUCUCUUCCCAAGAUCUUGGCUGCCUGCUUUGCGGCUUUGGGUUUCUCCUUCAUGAUAAUGAGUCUUAGUUUCAUAAUAAUCGACUGGACGUCAGGGAACAGCAAUUCCGGUGGUGGCCACUAG